CCUUCCGCCGUAUGUACUGCUGCAUAGAGGAGAAAUGGCUGUGACUCUGUGACUCUACCUGCUCAAAUCCUUUCUUUCCAUCUUGUUUUUUCGCCGUCCAAACACCAGAAGAGAACGAGUUUGGUUGGUUUUGUUUGAAAGGAUAAUAUAGACGGAUAAAAGAAACGUUGGGAGAAUAUGGGUGAGAGAGACGAUGAUCUGGGAUUGAGUUUAAGCUUGGGGGGUGCGCUAAACGAGUCAUCUCUCAAGUUGAAUCUCAUGACACCUUUGGCGUCUAACCAACAAAAGACUAUAUGGAAUGAACUGUUUCACUCAUCUGAGGGCAACGCAGAUGGGAGACCAUCAUUUCGUGGUAUAGACGUGAACAGAGUUCCAUCGGCUGUGGAGUAUGAGGAGGAGACCGGAGUUUCAUCGCCCAACAGCACUGUGUCUAGCAUAAGUGGGAAGCGAAGCGAGAGGGAGGUCAUAGGAGAAGAGAAUGAGGCUGAAAGGACUUCUUGCUCGCGCGGCAGUGACGAUGAAGACGGCGGCAAUGGCGACGCUUCCAGGAAGAAACUCAGAUUAUCCAAAGAGCAGUCAAUGGUGCUGGAGGAGACAUUCAAGGAGCACAGCACUCUUAAUCCCAAGCAGAAAUUGGCGUUGGCAAAGCAGUUGAAUCUGAGGCCGAGGCAAGUGGAGGUGUGGUUCCAGAACAGGAGGGCAAGAACCAAGUUGAAGCAAACAGAAGUUGACUGCGAGUACCUAAAGAGGUGUUGUGAGAAUCUAACAGAGGAGAACAGGCGUCUACAGAAGGAAGUGCAGGAACUGCGAGCACUCAAACUUUCUCCACAUCUCUACAUGCACAUGACUCCUCCCACUACUCUCACUAUGUGCCCAUCUUGCGAGCGAGUUGCAGUUUCCUCCUCAUCAUCCUCGGCAUCUUCCGCAGCCGCCACGACUGGACCCAGUUCUCAACGCUCCGUGCCCAUUAGCCCAUGGCCAGCUAUUCCCAACCAUCGUCCUUAGUUGCUCAUUAUCAGAUUGAACGUUGAUAAUUUUGGCUUCUUUCUUGGUUUGAUUAGAGAAAGAAGAAAAAAGGGUGUUGUAAAGGGUGAAGAAGUGGGGAAGGAAUUUCAUGUUUGUAGUAAGUCUUUUAAAUUCUGUUUUGUGAUUUGACAUGAAGAAAGGUGAUGGAUAAUUUUUGGGAGAUUUUAAUUUCUAGGAAAUAAUUAUGUUGUAACAAGAA